GUUCGGAGCUCCACCUGCCAUGCGGAUCCUCGUGAGCUUGCCCGCACCGGCCUGGGUCUGUUUCUUUGUCGGGUAACCCCCGACGUCUGUCUCGGGCUGCCCGAUAUGGAACAGAGAAGUAUAAGAGGGUGCGUAGUCUGCAUCUACAGUCUGCAUCUGUCUCUAUCAUCUGUCCAUCAAGCCGUAUACAAACGUCGUCCUUUUCUGCCUUUUCUGCAUCCUCCUCUCCCAUCACAUGUCCCAUCGCAAUGGCUCUCAACAUGAACCUCGUCGCGCCUGGAAGAGAAGACUCGUGGCCCACCUCUCCUCCCUACGUGGACUUCCACGAUCCCUUUACCACCGCGUCGCUCGCCUACCACCCAGCCAAAUCUCUGUGUCUGGACACUGAACCCAGCCCCGGUAGACCUGAACCAGCGGCCCCGGUUCCUGUUCCCAUGACCCCUUCGUCUCCGGAGUCGUGGCAGCAGCACCAAACCCAGCUGCAACUUCAAUCCCAACCCCAACCUCACCCAGAAGAGCACCACCUCGACACCUCGUCGUCCUCCUCUGCAUCCUCCCCGGACAUCAUCCAAACCUGGUACCCGCAAUACCUAGCCUGCACGCAGUACUUCCUCACGCACAGCCAACACACUCCCGCGGUGCAAUCCCUGGCCGCAUUCCUCAACAUCCGCCUCCCUUGUCAACGCGCAUCAUCAUCAUCAUCAUCAUCCUCAGCAUCCUCAGAACCAUUCCCAACCAUCUCCCUACAACCGUACAUCCGCCGCCUCAUCGUCACGGCGAACGACAGCCCCGCCGUGCUGGACGCGUUCUUCGGCACGGGCUGGCCAGCCGGCGUGGGGAGGAUGGUGCAGGAGGAGCGGCAGAACUACCUGUUUACGGCCAAGAGCGGCGGCUGGGCGGCCACCAAGGCGGCGUACGAUAUUCUGCCCGACGAGCAGGCGCCGUUCCUGCGCCCGCUCAGGAACCCCGACGAGGACGAGCUGCGGCGCGCCGAGGCCAGGUGGAGCGAGUGGUUGGCUAUGGAGGAUUGGAUGGUGGGGGCUAGGAGUCCGUGGUAGACAGGCAGACACACUAUAAUCUACCUAUACUAUACUAUAGACGUGGGGGUAGGAAGGGGGUAAGGUGACGA